AUGUCUGACACCAACAACUCAGCGGAAAUCGAAGAAACAGAUGCAAGGGGCCUUGCUGAGCUCAGUCAUCCUAUGAAUUAUACCAACUUAGCUUUCGAGGAGCAGAAGCCGGCAAACGCGGAAGAACGCCAAGCCUACCUGUACGACCGGAAAAUCAUAGAAGAUCUCAUCAGCGAGUACAAUUAUAGAGUUGAUGCUAGCUUGGCUAAAACUCCCAACUACGGGGCUCUAGACAAGCUUUUCACCCACGACGCGGAGGUGACUUUCCCUCGCGGAAAAUACCAGGGUAAUGCAGGCUUGGGAGAAUGGCUUAUGUCGCCAUUCUCCGCACUUCACCGGAUGGCUCACUUGUCCUCCAACCACAGUGUCAAGUUCGAGUCCAGCACUAUAGCUCAUGGACGCUCUGCAUGGCAGUCUACGGCAGGACUGCAUGCGACCGAUAUUACCAAGGUAUUCUUCUCGGGUGGCUUUUAUUACUGGUCAUUUCGCAAAGUGGCUGAAGAAUGGAGGAUCUCAUUCCUCCUUCUAGACAUGAAUUGGAGACAUGGGGACAUUCCUAGCAAACCAGCGAAGUGA